GGGCGGAGCUGUAGUUGUACGGGACGGGAGUAGUGGAAUUGCUCCCCCGGGUGACAGAAUUAUGUUUUAACCGCUAAUAUAUGCCAAACAAAUCACUGGACCUUCACGGAUCAAACUUCCGUCUAGUUCUGUUUCUUCUUCUAAAACACUAAAGUCAUGGCAGCAAAUAAGAGUAAAAAUCAAAGUUCGCUGGUCCUGCACAAGGUGAUCAUGGUUGGCAGUGGCGGAGUGGGGAAAUCUGCGCUCACACUGCAGUUCAUGUAUGACGAGUUCGUGGAGGACUACGAGCCCACCAAGGCUGACAGUUACAGGAAGAAGGUGGUCCUGGAUGGAGAGGAGGUGCAGAUUGAUAUCUUGGACACAGCGGGUCAGGAAGAUUACGCUGCCAUCAGGGAUAACUACUUCCGCAGCGGAGAGGGUUUUCUCCUGGUGUUCUCCAUCACAGAACCAGAGUCCUUCAGCGCCGCGUCAGAGUUCAGGGAGCAGAUCCUGCGAGUGAAAGCCGAGGAGGAUAAAAUCCCUCUGUUAGUGGUGGGGAAUAAGUCUGAUUUGGAGGAAAGGAGGCAGGUGUCUGCGGACGAGGCCCGAGCCAAAGCGGACGAGUGGGCCGUCCAGUACGUGGAGACAUCCGCCAAAACUCGAGCCAACGUCGAUAAGGUGUUCUUUGACUUGAUGAGGGAGGUGCGGGCGAAGAAGAUGUCUGAGAACAAGGAGAAGAACGGAAAGAAGAGUGGAAAGAAGAAGAAAAGCCUGAAAGAGAGAUGCACACUGCUUUGAGGAGACCAGAUCUUCAUCCCAUUCCCUCCUCUUUCCUUUUUGAUGCCAAAUACAAUCCAACCAGAACUGCAACUCUUUCACAUGUUUUGCACGUUUUCCCAUAUCAAAUCAGUAGUUCAACUCUGGGAUAUGGAGCUGUAACAUUCCUUGUUCAUCGGGCCUCAUUCAUGAAACACAAAUGCGACAAAAUAAUUCGAAAUUAAUUCUGCGUGUGUUUCAUGAAAUUCUUUAUUUUUCACUUUAUCACACAUACACAUAAAACGUUUGCUUUUUGUGCUAAAAACUCUAUUUUAUCUGCCUCUCCCUUCCUUAAAGGCAAAGGCAACAGACAUUACAGUAUAUGCAAUGUUUGUUUUGAAGCAUUAUUAUGCAGCUUAACACAGCUGAAGGAGUUGGGGAGAUUCACAGAAUUCACUAUGCAAUUGGUUCACACAAUAGACAAUUGAUAUUUUUGUAAUCACACCACUUCAUCUAUGUUUCUCUGCCUGGUGAUUAUCGACCAAAUAAACCUCUGUUUUUGUUAUGAA